AAAACGUACUCAUUUGUAGAAGGAAGGAGAGAAGGAAAAUUAUUAAAAGCAACAACAAAAUGGGAGACGACGAAAAUAAUAGAAAUGGGACUAGCGGCCGGUUGGCACCGCCGCGGGGUCCACCGGAGCAUUGUGUGGAAAUUAUUCAUCCGGUGGUUCCGCCGCCGAGAAGAAGCUGGUUUCAGAAGCUGCGCAACCGGCUAAAGGAAAUAUUUUUUCCCGACGAUCCUCUCCGGCAGUUCAAAGGGCAGUCUCCGGCGAGAAAAUGGGUGGUCGGAGCUCAAUAUAUAUUCCCAAUUCUUCAAUGGGGACCUCAUUAUAAUUUUAGCCUCUUUAAAUCUGAUGUUAUUGCUGGUCUCACCAUUGCUAGCUUGGCCAUACCUCAGGGUAUUAGCUAUGCUAAGCUUGCUAAUUUGCCUCCCAUUGUUGGGCUUUAUUCAAGCUUUGUUCCACCAUUAGUAUAUGCUGUUCUUGGAAGCUCAAGAGAUCUUGCAGUUGGACCUGUUUCAAUUGCAUCACUAAUAUUAGGUUCAAUGUUGAGACAAGAAGUUUCUCCCAUCAAAGAUCCCAUUCUUUUUCUUCAACUCGCCUUCACUUCUACCUUCUUCGCCGGUCUCUUCCAAGCUUCGCUCGGGUUUCUCAGACUUGGGUUUAUAAUAGAUUUCUUAUCGAAGGCGACUUUGAUUGGAUUCAUGGCAGGAGCAGCCAUUAUUGUGUCCUUGCAGCAACUUAAAGGCUUGCUUGGAAUCACUCAUUUCACCAAACAAAUGGGAUUGAUUCCUGUUUUAUCCUCAGUUUUUCAUCACACUCAUGAGUGGUCAUGGCAGACUAUACUGAUGGGCUUUUGCUUCCUUCUCUUUCUUCUCCUCACCAGACACAUUAGCAUGAAAAAGCCAAAGUUGUUCUGGGUGUCAGCUGGAGCUCCUCUAGUGUCUGUGAUUCUUUCAACAAUAUUGGUUUUUGCAUUCAAGGCCAAUCGCCAUGGCAUAAGUAUAAUAGGAAAAUUGGAAGAAGGAUUGAACCCACCUUCAUUGAACAUGCUUCGUUUUGAAGGGUCACACCUUGGCCUUGUUAUUAAGACUGGCCUUGUCACUGGCAUCAUCUCUCUCACUGAAGGAAUCGCAGUGGGGCGAACAUUUGCAGCUAUAAAAGACUACCGAGUCGAUGGUAACAAGGAAAUGAUUGCAAUUGGCCUCAUGAACGUCGUUGGCUCUUUCACUUCUUGCUACGUCACAACAGGUGCAUUUUCAAGAUCAGCAGUGAACCAUAAUGCGGGAGCGAAGACCGCAGUGUCGAACAUCAUAAUGUCAGUGACGAUAAUGGUGACGUUGUUGUUUCUGAUGCCUCUGUUUCAAUAUACGCCCAACCUCGUGUUGGCUGCCAUCAUCGUCACAGCCGUCGUCGGCCUUAUCGACAUCCCCGCCGCGUAUGCCAUUUGGAAGGUCGAUAAGUUUGAUUUUGUUGUAAUGCUUUGUGCUUUCUUCGGCGUCAUUCUCAUCUCCGUUCAACAUGGUCUCGCCAUUGCUGUUGGCAUAUCGAUUUUCAAGAUCAUACUACAAAUCACAAGGCCAAAAACAGUGAUGUUAGGGAACAUAGCUGGAACAGAUAUAUAUAGAAACCUUCACCAUUACAAGGAUGCAAUGAGUGUCCAAGGCUUCCUCAUUUUAAGCAUUGAAGCUUCUAUCAACUUUGCCAACACCACAUAUCUUAAUGAAAGGAUUUUGAGAUGGAUUGAGGAAUAUGAAGCUGAUCAAGAUCAUGUUGAGAAGGAGGGCUCUAGCCUUCAGUUUGUGGUUUUAGAAUUGUCCGCCGUGAGCGCUAUAGAUACUAGUGGAGUCCUACUUUUCAAAGAUCUUAGGAGAGCAUUGGAAAAGAAGGGUGUUGAGCUAGUGUUGGUGAACCCAAUGGGUGAAGUCUUGGAAAAGUUACAAAAGGCAGAUGAAAAUCAGGAGAUUUUGAGGCCAAAUAAUGUGUUCUUGACUGUGGGAGAGGCCAUUGCAUCCUUAGCAACAAAAGUGAAGGGACAAUCCUCAACUAUAUAGGAAACCAAAAUGUGAACUAAUGUGACUCACUUCUCUCUCCCUUUGCUAUACUUUUAAAUAGUUACAAUAUAAUAAGCUAAUUAAAUGUGUAUGAGGUGUUCUCCACAUCCAAUGGGUAUAGUAGUGUUGGAAAGAUUAUGAUAACACUUUAUUCUAAAUUUUGAAAUUUUGAUGAGAAGAAACUUUUUCUCUCAAAGAAGUCGAAAA